GCUCUCUGCGUUUGAGAGAGCCUGGUAAAAGCAGCUGCAAGCCUGCUUCUUGUUCACAAUUUUGCCUUCCUCUGGAAGCAAGUUGUGUUUUCGUGCUCUGGCGCCCAGGCGAUCUUUGACGAUCAGCGAUCAGCGAUUGGCGAGCAGCGUUCAGCGUUCAGCGACCAGCGACCAGCGACCAGCGAUUAGUUGUAGAGGCUAGAAGAGAUUUUGGAGAUAGCGCGCUACCAGUUUCAGAGCAUUCCCCUGCUCUGCAGCAUGGCGGCGUUUGUGGCAGGCCUGCUUGGCAUGAGCCAGCAGGAGCUUCGCUUUCGCGUGGAGCGAGCGAAGCAGUUGACCGUCGCUCCUUUCCUGAGCCUCUACCACUCCAUCUCUCCCCUCCUAGGUCUGACUGCCUCCUCUGAUGAUCUUCCUCUGGUUGCUGCUGCCAGUGAGGCACUCCCUCUCUCUACUUCUUCUCAGCCUGCUCAGCUCCUCGAGGAUGCGGAUGGUGAACAAAACCACGCGCAAUCUGACGCCUCCGCCCUCGAGCCCCUCAGCCUGAACUCCGACGCUAAAUCUCAGGAGGGAGAGCUGCAGCUUACUUUGUGCGAGCAGGGACUGUGCGCCAGGUGGGAGGCGCUGCCUCAAAGGGGAGAGCAGGAGGGGGGGACUUUGACUUUUUGUUUGGAGGAGGGCUUGGCUGGUCGGCGGAAGGCCCUGCCUCGGGAUGAGGAGGAGGGGAGUCAGUUGGUGGGGCCCGAGAUUGCAGAGUUGUUACUAGCGAGGGGGGCAGCGAGCAUUGCGCAGCUGGAUGGGGGUUGCUUGGUCAAGAUUUUUUCUCAUGUGGACAACAAGACUCUUCGAGCGUGCUCCUUGGUCUGCCGCGAGUGGCUCGAGGUUUCCAGCUUUGCGCGCACGCUCAUGAGUCUGCAAGAAGGCCCCCAGAUCACUGCCCUCCCGACGCUGGUUGCUCGCUUUUCAAGACUAGAGACUCUGCAUGUUCAAGGCCCUGAGAUCCUCCCCGCAUGGAUGCUGCCACUAGAGAACCCGGCCUCAGGACUCCUCGCUGCAGAGCAGGCCGCUAUUGUCCCGCUCGACGACUCCGCCCUGGAAAUCAUUGCGCGGGGUUGCCCCCGCCUGAACAAGCUGCAUUUUGACUGGUGCGGUGGCAUCUCUGACGCGGGGCUUGCAGUGAUUCUGAGAGGUUGUUCUGGACUCACUGACUUGAGCCUUGAAGGCUGCGGGGGGAUCACAGGGGCAGCGUUCAGCGGCCUAGCCUGCGGACUACAGAAGCUGGACCUGGCUAGCUGUGAUGCCUUGACAAACGAAGGCUUGCUGGCGGCGGCAACAGCGUGCCCGGGGUUGAGAAGUCUGUGCGUCUCGUCCACUCCGCAAGUUCCAUCCUUGGCAAAUGGGUUGGAAGAGGCUGCCCGCGCACGUCCGGAACUGCAAACGCUCUGGGUCCAUGCCUGUGAUGUCACAGAUGUGACGUUGCGCUCCAUUGCUGCCAGCUGUCCCUCUCUGAGCAAGGUCGCCGUCUCGUGCGAGCGCGCCGUCACUGAUGGGGGGCUUGCGGGCUUCUUAGCGGCGCUGCCCGAGCUGGAGUCGUUGACCUUGCAAAACUUGCGAGGGGUUUUGGGCAUCCCACGCAUCAGUGGUUACAAGCAUUUGAAGACGCUGAGCCUUGAGUACUGGUGGGACAUGCCCGACCUGGUCCUUAGGGAGGUGUCUAAGGAAACGACCCUUGAGAAGUUGUGCAUCGUGAGCUGCCGUCAGAUGGGAAACCUUGCUUAA